CAGUUUUGUUUACUUUUACGUCGAAACGAUUAAAUGUACAUUACCACAAGCCGGCACUCUGUUGGAGAUAUCCAAGCUUUCUCGCGUUGCCACUAUUUUGACCCUAACCGCGCGCCGUAACAUGUCUCACCAUUCAAUGGCUAUCACAUCUAUGGUGUUAUCCGGCGAAUAGCAUUUUUAUUUAGUCUUAACGAGCGAGGAAACGGUCACAAUGUCUGUUCAAACAACAAAUUCAAGCAACCCGAUUGUCUUCUUCGACGUAACCAUCGGAGGGCAGGAUAUCGGACGGAUGAAGAUCGAGCUGUUUGCCGAUGUGGUUCCAAAGACGGCAGAGAAUUUCCGGCAGUUCUGCACUGGAGAGUUCAGGAAGGAUGGAGUCUCCAUUGGUUUCAAAGGUUGCACAUUCCACAGGGUGAUAAAAGACUUUAUGAUACAAGGAGGGGACUUUGUGAAUGGUGAUGGAACUGGUAUCUGCAGCAUCUACAGAGGUCCAUUUGUAGACGAAAACUUCAAAAUGAAGCACUGUGCUCCUGGCCUUCUGUCCAUGGCAAACAGCGGGCCAGGGACGAAUGGUUGUCAGUUCUUCAUUACCUGCACCAAAUGUGACUGGUUAGAUGGGAAGCAUGUUGUUUUUGGAAAAGUGGUUGAUGGUUUGCUGACCAUGAGGAAAAUUGAGAAUGUUCCCACGGGACCCAACAACAAGCCCAAGCUCCCCAUCCUCAUUGGACAGUGUGGAGAGAUGUGAUCCAGCUUCCUCACAACACCACGCCAGAAUUAUACAACCUCUGUAUACAUGAAGUAGUUUUUAUAGUCACUUGAUACUCCUCAGCAGACAUCAACCUACAUAUUUUUUUCCUGUGUGGAUGUCUUCUGCCAUGAUGAACAUUGAAGGACGGUAUAACGUUCAACAGUACAUCAUUUUGGCCAAUUAUCUUGAGUUUGGUAAAACUGAUUCCAGGUUAAUCGCUGAAUCCAACCCAGAUCAGGUUAUUCACAUGUCGGGUGGGUUUGGGAACUGACGAGAUGUGCUUAAUAUAUUGGUUUUGAAUUUGUUUUGCAAAUCGUCAUGUUCUACACUGUUGUUGGGUCCAAGUGGAGACAAUUUGUGCUUCCUGUUAGAAAAAGACAAAUAAGAAAUUGUGACUUUUUUAAAGAAUUGCUUUGCAUUUCAAACAUUCUAAUUCCUGUUUGAGUCAAACUGUUCAUUGAGGAUAAAUAAAUUGUUUUACUUUUACACAAAC